GGGCCGGUCCUCCUCUCCGUCUCUCUAUCUCUCUCGGUCUCUCCAGCCCCGUAGCCCGCCCGCCCGCCCGCCUCCCAACCGUCCCGCGUGAGUGCAGAAAGGCGCCGCGUGACGAGUGUUCUACCACCUGGUGGCCUGGCCUCUACCUAUAUAUAACCCCACCCCGCACCACACCACAGAGAUCCAUUUCGAGGACUCGUACUAGGUUCGGCGUUCGUAGCUCGUGUCGUUUCUGAAGCUAGAUAGCUAGCGACAGGCGAUGGCGAGCCGCAAGUGUCUCGGAGGCGAGGGAAGCGCGCCGGCGCCGCACGUCCUCGCGGUGGACGACAGCUCGGUCGACCGCGCCGUCAUCGCAGGCAUCCUCAGGAGCUCACAGUUCCGCGUGACGGCCGUGGACAGCGGGAAGAGGGCACUGGAGCUGCUGGGCACCGUACGUUUCACCAUUCUUCUGCUCUGUUCGCUCUUCUCUGCUGCGUUCUCCACAGUGGGUGAUGUAGUGUGUGUGUCGUUUAAUUUGUUUCAGGAGCCCAACGUGAGCAUGAUCAUUACCGACUACUGGAUGCCCGAGAUGACUGGAUACGAGCUCCUCAAGAAGAUCAAGGAGUCGUCCAGGCUGAAGGAGAUCCCCGUGGUGAUCAUGUCCUCAGAGAACGUGCCGACAAGGAUCAACAGGUGCCUGGAGGAAGGCGCCGAGGAUUUCCUGCUGAAGCCCGUCCGCCCGUCCGACGUGUCGCGCCUGUGCAGCCGCGUCCUGCGGUGAGCACGGCGGCAAGUAGUAGCACAGCAUGCUGGCGCGCAUGCUCGUGGUAGUUCUUUUGGGGAUGCAUGGUGGUAGCUGUAGCAGCGGCAUUCCGAAGCUCUGUGUCUUCUCAUCGAGCAUGGGGCUCGUAUACGUUGGAUGGAUAUGGAGGAGUCCUUGUCGUGCUAGGCUGCUAUAGUGUGCUCGCGGAACCGUACAAGUGGUCAUGCUCUGUUAGCCUUUCCCUGUAUGCAUGUUCAGUUAAAUGUGUUCAGUAAAAAGGAUGUUGCCUUUCUGCCUAGCUGCAUGUACGCCGAGUUGCCUUCAAUUUGAACUUCAUUU